CUGCUGUACUCACCGAGGUUCCUGGGUUGUAGGCGAACGAUCAGGUCUACCAUUUCAUUCUUUUAAAUUUAGAGGUAGGAGGGGAAUUCUAGGUGGGAUUUGCUUAUGCACCCAGCAAAUUAGUAUGGUUUUUGGAAGGCAUGGAGUAGAAAGAAUCGUAGUCCGCCCUCUUAGAAUUGGUUUGUGGCUGCCAAGUUAAAGAUGAAAGGUUGUAAGAUUAUUUAAGAGUUGGAGCGGAAUCAGAUUAUAAUGGCAACAGGUGACCUAAAAAGAAGUUUGAGGAAGCUGGAACAAGUUCUUCGUUCACUAAAUUACCCUAAUGAGGUGGAUUAUGUCGGCCUGAUGAAGGGAGACACAGCAGCAUCCUUGCCCAUCAUCAGCUAUUCUCUUACCUCAUACUCCCCUCAUGUAGCAGAACUUCUGAUGGAAUCCAAUAUAGAGCUCAUAGCGAAGAAUGAUGUGCGCUUUACAGAUACUGUCUAUAAGCUUCUUCGUGAUCAGUUUGAUUAUAAACCAAUUUUGACAAAAAAGCAGUUUAUACAGUCUGGAUUUGCUGAAUGGAAAAUUGAAAUUGUCUGUGAUAUAUUAAAUUGUGUGAUGAAAAAACACAAGAAAUUGAUUGGUCUUGACAAGAAUUCAUCAUGCCAAAGGAAGAAGAGCAUUUCUGAAAAGCCAGAAUCUUGUUCAAGCCGUGAGAAGUGCCCUGCAGAGACAGUUGGCAUUGGCGUCACGGGCAGGUUUAUGACAUCAGGAAAGAAGAAGGCUGUGGUGAUCCGUCACCUGUAUACUGAAGAGAACGUUAGUGUUCCUGAAGGGACAGUAACCUCAACAGAAGUGAGUGAAGGCUGCAAUGAGUUGGAAGAGCAGAGUUCUGACAUACGCAUUCCUGAGGCGCAGGCCCCUGAGGUCAAGGCUGAGCUGCAAGAUAUGUGUGAUAAUCCUGAGGUUACCGCACUUCAGAUUGCACUGGCUGAAUGUCAGGAAAAGCUGAAGAAGCUGACUUGGAUAGAGAAACGGCUUGAGUGUUUGGAAGCUACAACAAAAGGGAAAGUGAUGGUCGAUGAGAAGGCCUGGAAUAAUAUUCUAAGUCGAGUGACUCUUCUCGAAACAGAGAUGCUUCUGUCUAAAAAGAAUGAAUCUGUAGAGCCUAACACAACAAGUGAAGACUCUGAGUCAAUUAGUGGUGUGGAUGUUGUGCCCUAUGAUAAAAAAUACAGUGUUGAGGGGCCAGCCAGUACCUGUCACUCAUCUGGCUACAGUACAGUAUCAUUGGCAACAGUGCCCAGGAGCUCCACUAUUAAUUACUGUGGCUUGAACGAUUUUUCAGAGGAAACAACUAUGCAGAAAAUGGAAAGGAUGAAAAAAAUGUUUGAAGAGACCGCGGAGUUACUGAAAUGCUCCAGUCGCUAAUUGUAGACUGUUCUGCAUAAACAUCCCAGGACUUUGGCUACUUAUAUAUAUUCUGUAUCUAAGAAUUCUGUGUAUAAUUUUAAUAUACUAUAAUUUUUAAUAGAUGAUAAUUUUUAUUAAGAAUUUGCACUCUAUUUGAUAUUUGAGUUUUUUCAUUUUUAAAUAAAUACUUUUAAUAGUUUAA